CCUCCCAGGGAAGACUGCUUCUCGUGUGACGUCGGCCAUAGAAAGAGACUCCGAUGGACUUACACCGGGCAGCCUUCAAGAUGGAGAACUCAUCCUACCUCCCCAACCCGCUGGCAUCCCCAGCACUGAUGGUCCUGGCGUCCACGGCUGAGGCUAGCCGUGAUGCUUCCAUCCCUUGUCAGCAGCCACGACCCUUCGGUGUACCUGUCUCGGUAGACAAGGACGUGCAUAUUCCAUUCACCAAUGGUUCCUACACCUUUGCCUCUAUGUACCAUCGGCAAGGUGGGGUGCCGGGCGCUUUUGCCAAUCGUGAUUUUCCCCCUUCUUUACUACACCUCCACCCUCAGUUCGCUCCCCCAAAUCUAGAUUGCACCCCAAUCAGUAUGCUGAAUCAUAGUGGAGUGGGGGCCUUCCGUCCCUUUGCUUCCACUGAGGACCGGGAGAGUUAUCAGUCAGCCUUCACGCCGGCCAAGCGACUUAAAAACUGCCAUGACACAGAGUCUCCCCACUUGCGCUUCUCAGAUGCAGAUGGCAAGGAAUAUGACUUUGGGACACAGCUGCCAUCUAGCUCCCCCGGUUCACUUAAGGUUGACGACACUGGGAAGAAGAUUUUUGCUGUCUCUGGCCUCAUUUCGGAUCGGGAAGCCUCAUCUAGCCCAGAGGAUCGGAAUGACAGAUGUAAGUACUUUGGUGCAGCCCUCCCCUAA